AUAGUGCGUCGUGCUUCGAGUAGAGAUAAUAACCUAAAGCAUGAAAACAUAUUCAAAAAAGCUGAUAUUCUUCUUAUUAUUAUUUGUUUUCUAUUUCUCUCAUCUCAAUCGUAAUCACACAGCAUGCGGUUACUCUCAAUAUAAGCACACUUCGGAACGAUAUUAUAUAGGGCUGGAAGAUACCGAUCGUGUAAAGAGAGGAUUUCAAGCAUUGUUGCGCAGCUUCCUAGAGAAUUUGCAAAAAAAUCUUUCCACUUCAAUAUUGCUUAACGUGGCUGUGAAUACGACCGAUGUGAUUGAAAUUGAAAAUCGCCACCACAAACUGACAGAUCUUUCUUCAUUUUUUCAAUAUUCCUCCGAACAAGCGGCCUUACUUGCUGACAAAAUCGAGUCAUGCUUUGAGAUCACAAAAAAUGAAAGUGAAUCCUAUUUAAGAAAAUGGGAAGAAAUACGAUCUAGUCAGCCUUCAAUAUCAGCUGAAGUGAAGGCUCUCAUCGAUGAAUAUCUUAUCGAAAUGCAAUCUUUUCAUACAAUAUUCUCGGAAAUUAUUGACGAUUUCUUGGAGUAUAUUGCUCAUGUGUUAAGAUCGGUCCGUGAUAUAUUUAUCGAAUAUGCGGAUAUACUAACAGAUAGUUACCGUCGCUUCAAAGCGACUAACUUGUGCUACAAUUUCUAUAUGGAUUUCUUGCAGCAGUGGUCGGCCGUCAUUUUCAAAUGCAAAACCGCGACCGAUUUAAAUACAGCUUAUGACGUUUACACAAUCAGCGAAACAACAUCUAGACACGUAAUGAAACAGUUGGAAUUUCGCAUGCAGCGCCUUUACAAUUGUUUAGCUUCCCGUGAUUACCGGAUACGAUGCCAAUUUUUACGCAACCCUGAGAGAGAUUUUUCAAAACUUUUCCUUAAGCUAGACGAACUGCAGCAAUACUUUGAUAUUAAAAUAAAAAGAGGCCGUGUCAAUAGCAAUCGCAAGCGAAGAAGUGACUUCAGUGAAGACCAUAAGAGCGUGGAAUUAAAACUUAAAAUCCCCCUAAAUCGAGACUACAUCUCAACGGCCGGCAAUGAAAACAAGUGCAUACCUAUCGACUUUCCUUAUAAAUAUAUGUCAACGAAUUUAAAGAAAUGCUUCGAUAUUCUGUUAUGGGAAGACAAAUAACAGAACAACGAUGUUUAAUACUUUGAUAAUUCAUUUAAAGAGACUAAUAAAAGAUAUAUUCGCUUUGACAAAACGAUUCGAUUACUAAGAUAAGGAAUUUAGAUAGAUGAACAAUUUUUGUUGUUUUUCUUCGCAGGUGAGGGUAUACUCAUUUUAUUGGUUGUUCAUAGUGUAUGUAACACACCUAAAAAGAAGCUUCAGAGGCCCUAUAAGGUAUAUGGACUCUUGGUCAACACGAGAUUCUCAAUUCAUUAAGCAUAAUUUCUGUGCCUGUGGGGAGUGUUGUUGAUACUCCCCUGGUCACAAAAAUGAAGAUGUCAGCUUCAAAUUUGAUUUAAAACAUUGGAAGCUUUUGCACGCAGGUUAACAUUGAAAAUGGGACAGAUUGGGCAGAGUAAAAGCCGACAGUGGAACGUAAACUGAACACAAUUGCGUUUUUCUGAACAAAAAUUUAUGGGUUUCACUUGCUCGUCAAUCAGAAAUUACACAUAACAUGUUGGAGGUUGAAAUUUCACAAAAAUCGGUCAUGCCCGCACAAACUUACAACUGAAUAAAGUUUCUUUUUU